UGUCGUAAGGGGCAAACUUGAGGCGGAGGAUGAAUAUGUUGACGUGGCCAGUAUGUGGCGCUGUUUGGCACCAGUGCUGUAGUAAGUUAAGUAAUAGCCACAUCACAUCCGUCACACAGCAGAGCAACAACAGAUCUGAAGCAGUUCAGUGGAACUUCUGAUUCUGUAGAUGUCAUCCGGAGCACCAAAGGGUGAGAACUGUCUCGUAGACAUGGACAGCAAGGCUGGAGAUCUGUUCACUGCUGAGGAUGCACACCCAACCGGCACCGGUGGAGUCCUGUCAAAGCUCUGGCUGCCCAAAGGCUUCUCAGCCAGCAUGGCUAAAGAGUGGAUCGACAGACGCCGGCUGUCCAUCCGACCGUGGGCCAGCUUUGUGGACCAGCGCAAGUUUUCAAAACCCCGCAACUUUGGAGAGUUGUGUCAGAGGGUGGUGAAAAAUGUGGAAACCUAUAACAGCAACUACACCUUCAUCUUUCUGGGUCUCAUCCUCUACUGCAUUAUCAGCUCGCCCAUGCUACUCAUUGCCUUGGCUGUGUUUGCUGGUGCCUUCUACAUAAUCCACCUCAAGUCACUGGAAUCCAAACUGGUUCUUCUAGGCAGGGAACUAACCGUCCCUCACCAGUUGAGUCUGGCUGGAGCCGUCUCUCUGCCUGUGUUCUGGUUGGCUGGAGCUGGAGCCGCAGUGUUUUGGGUUUUAGGAGCAACGCUGUUCGUGAUUGGCUCUCACGCUGCGCUCCGUGAGCUGGAGGGAUCUGACAUGGAAGAGCUGCUCAUGGAGUCCGUGUGAAGAGCAGCAGGUGCUGGUCACCAGUGAAGGUUUGAGGAUAAGCUUCCCCUGGGUCUGUUCCUUAACUUUGUGUGUGUUUUCCCUGUAUAUUAACUGUGCCAUUGUAAAUGCGCCUUGUCUUGCCUCUGCAAUAAUUGUUGUUACAGUCCACUUUAUAGCAUUUAUCCUGCACAUAACUCUACAGGAAAACAAAUUAUGUACAUGAAUCCAAGCACACAGAUUACAUGCCUUUAACUACAAAUUUUAAACCUGGGAUGCCUCUGAUUUGUGUCAAAUAGCCUCCGACUUCCUUCAAUGGCUUUUAUAUGAUGACUUAUCUUCCAACUUAUUAAUCUCUUCGUGGACCAUCUGUGCUGUACUCUCCGCUAUGCUGUAGAUAUCAUGGGAAAUAACAUUCUGUCUGACACAAAUAUUAUGAUCUGAAAAUGUAUAUGUAAUAGACAUACUACUAAAAUGCUACUUAAUGAUUCAUUUUCCAAAGGAAAAGUGCCAUAUAUAUGCUUUAAAUUAUGUCUAGUUAAGGUGCAUACAUAAAAUUAUUUUUUUUUCAUUUGAGAAAAUGUGACAACAAAUUUAGUAAGACACCUUAAACGUUCAAUACUUAAUUACGGUACUUUUUAUAAGAAUGAGGGAAUAAGACUUUGUUGAUUGCGCAUAUUUAUCGGCUUUGCUUGGAACAGUCAGGUCUGAAGUCAUGUAAACACUUUUUUUUUGUAAAUUCAUCAUUCAUGACUUCACAUUUUAAUGUAAGUCGGGUGUUUUGUAUUCAAACUUCGGAAGUGCAAUAAACCUUUUAAAGCCCA